AUGAAACAAUGGCGGCUCAACCGGAUUAGAAGUGUUCAUCGCAAUUACGACCUCCUUAACAGCAGUGUUAAGAUGAACGAACCAGAGGCGCUUUCAGAUUUUUUGCGUUGGGUUGAACGAACUCGACACUCAGGGCCAAACGAACUGUUCUCUGCCCGCCUGGGUCGAACGAACUGUUCUCUGCCCGCCUGGGUCGAACGAACUGUUCUCUGCCUGCCUGGGUCGAACGAACUGUUCUCUGCCCGCCUGGGAAGUAAAUGGGCCAAACGAGAUUUAACUUACAAAAUCCAGCAAGUCACUCCAAGGCUUCCUCGUCUGAAAGUGGAAAGAGAAAUUGCGAGAGCGUUCAAGGUGUGGAGCGAAGUGACGUCACUAACUUUCACCCAGAAAGACAUGGAUCCAGUCGAUAUUGAGGUGUUGUUUGCUCGCAAUCACCACGGAGACAGACAUCCGUUCGACGGCUCAGGAGGAACAUUAGCGCACGCUUUCUUUCCACAGUUUGGAGGGGAUGCUCAUUUUGAUGAUUCGGAGUCCUGGUCUGUAGCAAGCCGUCAAGGGGUGAACUUAUUCCAAGUGGCCGCUCAUGAGAUUGGCCACUCGCUGGGUCUAGCUCACUCAGACGUAAGGAACGCCCUGAUGGCCCCUUUCUACCGGGGCUACAUACCGAACUUCAAGUUAAGCAGAGAUGACGUAGCCGCAGUUCAGGAACUUUAUGGUGGUCGGACUGAUACACGACGUUUCGACCCGCCACCAAACCCACUCCCCACACAAGGACGUGUAAGCAGACCACCUAUCUGUAAUGACGCUAGCAUUGACGCUAUUACUCGACUCAGAGACGGCACGACUCACGUAUUCAAAGGAGAAGAGUAUUAUCGACUUUCUCGAACCGGAAUCGAUAAUGGAUAUCCUCGCAAAAUUCAUUGGGAUUGGCGCGGGGUCCAAGGUCCCAUAGACGCAGCAGUGACCUGGGACGACAGUUUUACUUUCAUUUUUAAGGAUGACAAAUAUUGGAAAUUUGAUGGCAUGAAGCCCGUCUCAGGUUAUCCCCGUAAGAUACGCGAAGGUUUCAAGGGGUUGCCGGAUAAGAUUGACGCAGCUUUCGUUUGGAGCGGCAAUGGAAAGACAUACUUCAUCAAAGGAGACCGUUAUUGGAGGUGGGCGAAAUAUGGAAUUGAUUUUGGCUAUCCAAAACAGCUGAACGUCUGGGUUAACCUGCCUCCUCGUGUUACCGCAGCGUUUAAAUGGCAGAAUGGCAGAACCUAUUUCUUCAAUGGGGAUACAUAUUAUAGAUUUAAUGAUAAAAAUUUCCGGGUUGACGAUGACUACCCACGCAAAGUCAGCUAUUGGUGGUUGGGCUGUGCUGACGAAACACAAAACCAACAGGUUCAUGAUGUCCACUCAGUGAUUACAACUCGGCCACGAUACCCUGACAAGCCACGAACGGUUCACGUCAGCCCGACACAAGACAAAGAUAAAGACUGGAAAGUUAUUCGAAAAGGCAACGACAACGGCGGCUUACGAAUGCAGGCCACUAGAUUAAUGCUUGCUGGUAGCCUAUUUGUGGCUUUUCUGCGUCACCAAUGA